GUCUCGGUAGCCUGUCUUAAGGCAUUUCUCACAACUAUACGUUAGUUGCCGAUGCACCAGGCUUGGGAUUAGUUUUCAGGGUUCAUGCAAUUUUUUUUUUUUUUUUCUAUUUCGAAUUCUCGUACAACCGCACGCUAAAUUAAAAUGGCGAAAAUUUCAUGCUGGACGGUGCUGAUCGUCGCGGCAAUUUUGGUAUGUGGAAUUGGUGAAAUUCUUGCAACGGUACCUGAGCCAAAAGCCCCGAAUUUCCAAUACUUUGAAAGGCCAAAGUACCGUUAUCCAUAUUACGAUGAAAACGGACGAGGAAGACUUCUCUACGGCUACGGGGGACCGGAACUUUAUCAAUAUAAAACCUACAGCGCACUUGAGGGCAUCCACUAGCAGACUAGACUGGUCGGAUAGAAAUGACGAGAGAAUUAACCCGCAGCCUAUUUCAAAGGCUGAUCCAAGCGCUAUGGUAAAUGAAUACCGCGAUGUCAAGAUAAUAUAUACGUAGUAUUUAUUUCUCUACUCUCAAAUGUGUAUGCCAAAAAAUUAAUUUGUACAUAAUUGACAGUGCUAACGAUAAGCUCCAAUAAACAAGUAUACAAAACAAA